GGUAAAGGUUCGUUCUGUUGCGUUAUUUGCCUCGUCACUGUUGCGAGGUUCAGUGAUCUCAAGAGACACUGACGGCUCGCACGGGGAGAGUCGCAACAUAAAACCUCACAGUAUUACAGUGAAAUAACGUCAGAAAGAGACAUGAGGGAGAGAAGAAAAGUGAGCCGUGACUCCCUGAACUCCAAACAGGAUCCUGUUCAUGGUGCCUCCAUGUUUCCCUCCAUCAGCAGCACCGUAUCCGACCCCCGCUUCCGCUUCAGAUGGCGGGCCAUUAUAAUCGUGUCCCUUCUGACCCUGGGUCUGCUCGUAUUCCUGCACCAAACACUAACGGACUCCGGCGAACACAUCGUGGACAGCAGAUCCUGGCGUUCCGGUCGGGAUGUGUCCGGCGUGAUGGCGGCCGCUGAGUCAAUGGGGUCACUGUACAAUGACACGUACCCGCUCAGCCCACCGGAAAACACGGCAGAGGGGAUCCGUUACCGGAUCGGAGUCAUAGCGGACCUGGACACGAACUCGCGCAGCACGAAGAACAACACGUGGUUUAGUUACCUGAAGCGAGGUCACCUGCUGGUGUCUGACAGUGGGGACCGGGUGUCUGUGGAGUGGGAUGCAGACAGAGUCGUCCUGGAAAGCCAUCUGUCGGACAAGGGGCGGGGAAUGGAGCUGUCCGAGCUGGUGGUUUUUAACGGGCACCUGUACAGCGUUGACGACCGGACGGGUGUAGUGUACCGUAUAGAGGAUAACCGGGCUGUGCCGUGGGUCAUACUAGCAGAUGGAGAUGGAAGCGUAUCUAAAGGCUUUAAAGCUGAAUGGUUGGCUGUAAAAGACGAGCGACUUUAUGUCGGUGGACUCGGUAAGGAGUGGACGACCAUCACGGGCGAGUUUGUCAACAACAAUCCCGAGUGGGUGAAGGUGAUUGGUUUCCAUGGAGACGUGGAGCAUGUGAACUGGGUGCCACAUUAUAAUGCACUCAAAAGAGCAGCAGAAAUUACACCACCAGGGUAUCUCAUCCACGAGUCGGCGGCCUGGAGCGAACGCCUACAACGCUGGUUCUUUCUCCCACGCCGUGCCAGUUCAGAGCGAUAUGAUGAGACGGCGGACGAGCGCCGUGGCACAAAUCUCAUGCUGAGAAGCUCGUCUGACUUCAGUCAGAUCUCAGUGUCACGCGUGGGCCCUUUAAAUCUCACCCUGGGAUUCUCUUCCUUUAAAUUCAUCCCAGACACAGAUGACCAGAUUAUAGUAGCGCUGAAAUCAGAGGAGGACGCGGGUCACAUCGCCACCUACAUCACCGCGUUCACACUGGACGGUCGCGUUCUACUGGCCGACACUAAAAUCGGAGACGUCAAAUAUGAGGGUCUAGAGUUCAUUUAGACGGAUGGUGAAUAUUUGACGGACAUUAGCAGAGAUGGAUUAUCUUAACGCACUGUCAGAUGAUCGGAUCAAAUUCUUAUCAUCAUUGUGGCUGUUGUUCAGGUGUCAGACCUGAGCAGGCACCUGUUACCCAUAAUGCCAUGGGUAUAAAGAGACUAAUAAUGGAGAGUAUAUUAACAUAGACUGAACAUUAACUGUGUGCUAUAUGUAGAUGGAUGUUUGUCUCAAUGUGAGACACAUGAAAGAUUUUACAGCAGGAUCUCAGGGAAUUAAAUCAGAAGCAACUAGAUGCAAUAAUAGUUUGUCUCUAAACACGUGCAUUGACAAAUGCAGUAAGUGUCUUAAUUUAAA